GAAUAUGCAAAUCAAGAAAUCGUUCUCUAUGAAUUCACGCACAGGAAGAGAUUUACAGAGAUACAAUCGUGGUUGUCGUCAAGUUGUUGGAUGUAUUCCAUAUAGAAGCAAAAAAAGGGAUCCAUCAUCAUGUGUUCAACAGGGUAGUACCCCUAUUGAUGAUUUGGAAUUUUUAUUGAUUAGCUCACAGAAGAAUCCAAGAAUGAUGUUCCCUAAGGGUGGUUGGGAAAUUGAUGAAUCAUUGGAAGAGGCUGCUUCAAGGGAGACUUUUGAAGAAGCUGGUGUUGUUGGCGAGGUUGAAGUUCAGGAAUAUUUAGGUACGUGGAGUUUCAAAAGCAAAAGCCAAGGCAUAUUUCAUGAGGGGCACAUGUUUCCUCUGCGUGUAACCGAGGAACUAGACGAUUGGCCUGAGAAAAGUGUCCGUCGACGUUUAUGGGUGAAGUUUAAUGAAGCAAGAGAAGUAUGUUGGCAUCCAUGGAUGAAAGAAGCAUUGGAUGUGUUUGCUUCAAAGGUGUCAAAGAGAAAAGAAGGAACACAAAUAUACCAUUUCAAGGAAAAUACUGUAGUCUGCUGUAGUUAACUCAAUAGUACUACUACUAGCAAGCAUUCUUCAAUCAUCAAGAUA